UUGCAGUAUGACACAUUUGAUAUUGGUUUCAUUACAACUGAUGAAUUUGGUAAUGCGGAUAUCUUAGAAGCAACCUAUCCUGCUGUUGCGAAGAGACUUCAUGGGGACUGGAUACAGGAUCCAGCGAUACCUGUUGUUACUGGGUUCCUUGGGAAGGGCUGGAAAUCUGGUGCUGUAACUACUUUAGGCCGAGGUGGUAGCGACUUGACUGCUACAACCAUUGGUAAAGCCUUGGGACUGAGAGAAAUUCAGGUAUGGAAAGAUGUUGAUGGUGUACUUACUUGUGAUCCAAAUAUCUACCCACAUGCAAAGACUGUUCCAUACUUAACAUUUGAAGAGGCCACGGAACUUGCUUAUUUUGGUGCUCAGGUUUUGCAUCCACAAUCGAUGAGACCUGCUAGAGAAGGUGAUAUUCCAGUUAGGGUUAAGAAUUCAUACAACCCUAAAGCUCCAGGAACCCUUAUUAGUAUUACCAGACAAAGGGACAUGGAUAAGAUUGUACUAACUAGCAUAGUGCUCAAGUCAAAUGUCACUAUGUUGGACAUUGUGAGCACUCGGAUGCUUGGUCAGUAUGGUUUUCUGGCAAGGGUAUUUGCUAUAUUUGAAGAUCUAUGUAUAUCUGUGGAUUGUGUUGCUACCAGUGAAGUUAGUGUUUCUGUGUCACUUGAUCCAUCAAAGAUCUGGAGUAGGGAACUGAUACAGCAGGAACUUGACCAUGUAGUUGAAGAGCUUGAGAAAAUAGCAAUCGUUCGUCUACUUCAGCAGAGGGCGAUAAUUUCACUUAUCGGAAAUGUGGAGCAAUCGUCUCUCAUACUAGAAUAA